AUGAUGGAAAACCAAACAUCAGUGACAGAGUUCAUCCUUCUUGGAUUAACAAAUGAUGUCAAGCUCCAAGCUGUGCUUUUCCUUUUCCUGCUGCUCACUUACACCUUAAGUAUUAUAGGAAACGUGACCAUCAUUGUUCUGACUCUGCUGGAUCAUCGCCUCCAGACGCCUAUGUAUUUCUUUCUUCGAAAUUUUGCUUUUGUGGAGAUAUCUUUCACGUCUGUAUUUGUUCCCAAGAUGCUCCUUAAUAUUGGAACUGGAGACAGAACUAUCUCUUUUGCCAACUGCUUCACUCAAUACUUUUUUGCAAUCUUGCUGGGAGCAACUGAAUUUUACCUUUUAGCUGCCAUGGCUUAUGAUCGUUACGUUGCUAUUUGCAGACCUCUGCAUUACACAACUAUAAUGAGUAGGAGACUGUGCAUUCAGCUCGUCCUGUGUUCCUGGUUCUCUGGCUUUAUAGUUGUCAUGGUGCCAUAUACCAUGAAUCUCAGGCUGCCUUUCUGUGCAUCCAACAUCCUCAAUCAUUAUUGCUGUGACUAUACUAUAUUGUUGCAUUUAUCCUGUUCAGAUACACAUUUCAUAGAAAUGAUUCAGUGUGUCCUUGCGGCAGUGACCCUUCUCUUUACCCUGCUCCUGGUGUUUCUUUCCUACACCUACAUUAUCAGGACCAUUUUGAGAAUCCCAUCAGUUCAAGAGAGAAAAAAAGCUUUUUCUACAUGUUCCUCUCAUAUGAUUGUGGUCUCGCUUUCUUAUGGAAGCUGUAUCUUUAUGUAUGUAAAUCCUUCUGCAAAGGAUGCAGCAACUUUUAAUAAAAGAGUGGCUCUUUUAAAUACCUCAGUUGCUCCUCUGUUGAACCCAUUCAUCUAUACUCUAAGGAACAAGCAAGUGAAAGGAGCCUUUAAAGAUAUAAUACAUAAGAUAAUUUUUUCAAAAACGUGA